AUGGAAUGGUAUCAGUGUGGUAGCACAGAGGAAGAACCACAGGGCACUGUACCACUGUUUCCUGCCAAGAGGUCCUGUGAACAAAACAAAAGUGUUUCCAACCCAGUGGAUAUUCUUACAUAUGUUACCUGGAAACUAAGUGGACUACCCAAGCACCGUGUGAUUGGAAGUGGGUGCAAUCUGGAUUCUGCUAGAUUUCACUAUCUUUUGGCUGAAAAACUUGGCAUUCAUCCCAGCAGCUGCCAUGGAUGGAUUUUGGGAGAACAUGGCGACUCAAGUUUGGCUGUGUGGAGUGAAGUGAAUGUGGCAGGUGUUUCUCUUCAGGAACUGAAUCCAGAAAUGGAAACAGACAUCAACAGUGAAAAUUGGAAGGAAGUGCAUAAGAUGGUGGUUGAAAGUGCCUAUGAAGUCAUCAAGCUAAAAGGAUAUACCAGCUGGGCUAUUGGAUUAAGCGUGGCUGAUCUCAUUGAAUCCAUGUUGAAAAAUCUCUCCAGGAUUCAUCCAGUGUCAACAAUGGUGAAGGGGAUAUAUGGUAUUGAGAACAAAGUCUUCCUGAGUCUUCCGUGUAUCCUGAACGCUCGGGGUUUAACCAGUGUGAUCAAUCAGAAGCUGAAGGAUCAUGAGGUUGCCCAGCUCAAGAAAAGUGCAGAUACCUUGUGGGAUAUCCAGAAAGACCUAAAAGAUCUGUGACUUCUGGCUUCUAGGCUGUAGAAAUUUAA